AUGAGUGUGCAAAGAACGCCGCCUAGGUUUACAUUGGCAAGCGACAGCGAGAGCGGUAGCGGAUCGGUCCCAAACUUAUCCACGCUCAGCGAUGAGGACUUAUACGCUAACAUUAAUUCAAGAAAGCGGAAACAGCGUACGGAAGAAAAUGAUUAUAAAAAAGACUUCAUGGACUUCCGCGCGGAAAUGAUGAACUUCCUAAACAAUUUUGGCAAGACACAAACCGAAAACCUGAACCAAAUUAAAGAACAAAUAUUGGAUUUAAAGAACGAAAUAAAGACCAUAAAAAUAUCUUCAGAAAAAUUUGCAGAACAGCUCGAACGUGCGAAUACGGAUAUCGAAAAUAUCAAAACCAAAACAACCGCUACGGAGGUCAAAAUAAAACAUAUAGAAACCGAAAUAUCUCAGAUUAAAAAUCAACAAAAUACAAAAUGUUCGACUCUGAAAUCGCCAGUCGAGUGUCACGAGAAUCUCAUCCUAGAACUCAAGGACCGAUACGAUCGCGAGAAGAAUAUUGUGAUAGUGGAGUAUAAAUUGUUCUUUACAUUAUUUAUUUGCAUCAGUUCUGGAAUUUUACCAGAUUCGGUCACUACCGUGUUGUCUCUGAACAUGUUCACUUUAAUAGCUUGUGUUACUCUGCUGUCUACAGCGGCUGCGUUUCCGUCGUCUGAUAAACUAGCUGCCCCAAAUCCGGUUGAUUGUGGAGGAGGAUAUAAAAGCUAUGGAGGAGGCAACUGCUAUAAAUUGUAUGAUGUAUACGUCCCAUGGAAUGAAGCAAAAAGCAAGUGUGCUGAAAACGGAGCUUAUUUAGCCGUCAUCAAGACUCAGGAGGAAGCAGUGACAAUCAAGGAAAUUGUCUCUGAUCAGUCUGGUUGGGCUUAUACCUGGAUUGGACUCAGUGAUAAAGAUGGAAACAAUGACUGGCGCAGUGUUAGCGGUACUAGCGUCAAUGAUUUAUACCACACCUGGUCUUCAGCGGCAACAUUGAAGAACCGCUGUGGAACUGUCACACAUCUGGCGGAAUUAGAAGAUAUGCCUUGCGAUACUGAAAAACUUGCAUACAUAUGUGAAAAGUCGAAUUAA